AUGUUUGGUGGCCCCUCGCGGCCCCUUCGCGGCCCCGUCGCCGCCUCCAGCGGCCCUGUCGCUGCCCCUACCGGCCCCGUCGCCGCCCUUUCAGGCCCUUCGCGGCCCCUUCGCGGCCCUGUCGCCGCCCCUAUCAGCCCCGUCGCCGGCCUUUCAGGCCCCUCGCGGCCCCCUUCGUGGCCCCGUCGCCGCCUUUACCGGCCCGUCGCCGCCCUUCCAGGCCCCUCGCGGCCCCUUCGCAGCCUCGUCGCCGCCCUUAUCGGUCCCGUCGUCGCCUUCAGCGGCCCUGUCGCCGCCUUUUGCGGCCCCGUCGCCACCCCUACCGGCCCCGUCGCCGACCUUUCAGGCCCCUCGCGGCCCCUUCGCGGCCCCGUCGCCGCCUCCAGCGGCCCUGUCGCCGCCCCUACCGGCCCCGUCGCCGCCCUUUCAGGUCCCUCGCGGCCCCUUCGUGGCCCCGUCGCCGCCCCUAUCGGCCCCGUCGCCGCCUCAAGCGGCCCCGUCGCCACCUCUAGCGGCCCCGUCGCCGCCCCUAUCGGCCGCGCCGCCGCCCCUUGCGGCCCCGUCGCUGCCCCUUUCGGCCCUGCCCCGACCCUGUCACGGCCCCGUCCCGGACCUGCCCCGACCCUGGCCCUGCCCCAACCCUGUCGCGGCCCCUCGGCGCGGCCCUGCCCCGACCCUAUCGUGGCCCCGUCCCGGACCUGCCCCGACCCUGGCCCUGCCCUGACCCUGUCGCGGCCCUAUCGCGGCCCUCCCCCUGCUAUGCACCGACCCUGCCUCAACCCUGCCCCGGCCCCGCCCCGGCCAUGCUCCGUCGCCUGUUGCGGCGCACCGGGGGCACAUGCACCGCCCCCCCCUCUUUUUCCCGUCGCCCGUUGUGGCUCCCUGGGGGGCCGCACGCAGCCCCCUCAGCUGCCGCAGGGGGGGAGGGUGUGA